AAGCUUGUGUAUUUCUUGCUCUUUUUUCUCGAUUGAAGCCUUGAAUGGAACAAAGAGCAGUGUAAAAUAUAUUGUCCCAACAUUACGAGCAACCAACUGGGUCGAUCUAGAAACAAAAUCUUUAUCAUUUCACCUUAUCAAAGUAAAAAUACGUAUUUCCAGCUUGAAAAUUCUGAAGUUUAAGAAGUUUUUUUUAAAUUGAUUAAUAUUUUGCAAAGCAAUUCAUAUAAAAAUAAGAACUGUAUGUAUUUCUGCUUCAACCUUGAGCUAUCAGUAACAUAAGACAUGGCCCGGAGGCUGUCUUCCCGCCUUUCCUUAUUUCAAUCUCUUUUAAGCGUCACAGAAACUCAACAACAAAAUCCAUUUGCACUUUUCAGAUCGCUCUCUCUUGCUGAUGUCACGUCGAGAGAUUGCCUAUUUAUUGGCUGCUCUUUUCUCUUAUCACAAGCAUCACGUUCUUAUGCGCGUGAUAGGCGUUCAAGUUAUGAUUUAUUUGGCGGUAAAAUUCCAGGAGCUAAGGAGUUUAGAAAAGAGUGGGCAAAACAAAUGGAUGAUGAAGAGGAUCAUCUUUGGACGGGAAGUGAAGGUGAGAGUGACACCCAGAAAAACAGUCAUAGUGAGCUUAAAAAGGAAAUUAAGAAAGCAAAGCAGCGGGCCAAAGAUCGCUCUGAUCGCAUUGACGCUGAUGAUAGUGAUGAAUUGUACAGCGUGUGGUCAGAUAGCGAUGAAGAGAAGACACUGUGGAGUGGGGAUGAAGGAGAUGACGACGAUGAUAUUCCUACAGAACCUGUCCCAAAUGAGAAGAGUGAUGAAUACAUAGAUAAAUUGUUCGAGUUCGAGGAAAAACCCAAAUAUUGGACACUCGCUGAAGCAUUGAAAGAUGAGCAGGAGCCUGAAGAAUUGUCCCCUGGAAAACAGGCUCGAAAACUUGCAGUUGAGAACGCCCUUAAGAAAUUAAAGAAAGGGCCGGAUGGGCGGUACAUUAAUGUGUGGGAAGUCAUGAGUGAUUUGGACAUUCUCAUUGGAGCUUUCGAGAAUAUUGUCUCAGGACCAGAAUAUGAGGAACUUAGGCAAGGUGGGCCUAAGAAAUUGAACAUUCAGUUUUUUAAGGAUAUUCAAGCUCGUAUGAGGGAUCCAAACUAUAAGUUCUCGCCUGAGUUGAAGUUAAAGCCAAAGAACAAACUUGUUCCGAAAAAGAAAUGGCAGAAGACCCAGUCGAGACGUAGGAAAGCACAGAAGCGAUGACUGACUUGCAGCUGCUUCUGAAUGUCUAGAAAGAUAAGCUGUAAUCUCUGAUCCUUAGAACACCCUUUCAUAGCCUUAAAUCUUGUUGGUUUUGACUAGCUUGCACUUUUGAUUCUAGUGUACAAAAGGUUUCUUCGUUGCUUUCUAAAUUUAAUUACUGAUUUCCCAGUAUCGUAAUUUUACUGUGCUGAUUACUGUGACCAUCCUGUUUAAAUCUUUUCUGAGGAAGGAUCAGCAUUUACUAUCAAA